AUGUCUGUGCGUUCCUGGCCAGUUCGGGGAGCUGGAAGUGUGGAUAAAUUGACGUGUAUCGAUGGCGAAAAGAUGGCUACAAGAUAUGAGAUUGGUGACAGCCGAGACACCAAUAAAUAUUGUUUAAGAGUUCCGAAUAAGGGAAACUAUUUGGACGGUGAAAAGUCAGAAAGAGCAAAGGCUUUAUAUGCUUCUCGAACAGGAUAUGUUGGUAGUUUAACUAGAAUUCGAAGAGAGAUUGAAGCUCAUAAGAUGUCAAAUGGGAAACUUUAUGAUAUAGAGAAGAAAUUGGAAUCGUAUGACAACGGUUGGCGUGAGUUUGUAAGUACCCAUGAAACAUAUUUAGACGUUAUAGACAGUGAAAAUGAAAAGGAAGCUGCUUAUAGUUUGUAUGAAGAGAAAAUAAAGCGAAGAUUUGAAUUUGGCUGUAUGAUUAAGUCUUGGAGAGGAGAAGUAAGUCAGAGGGAAAAUAGAGAUCAUGUUUCUUGUUCGAAAACCUCAACAAGAAGUAGAGCUUCAAGUUCAAGCUCUACAUUGUCUUCCUUGUCGAAAAGAAGGGAAAGAUUAGCCCUUGCUCAACUAAAAGUCGAUCAGAUUGCAAGAAAGCAUGAACUAGCAAAGAAAUGUUAG